GAGUGUGAACAUAAUAGACUCCAUGAUCACGAUGUUAGAGAAGUACGCCAAUAACCUAGAGGACCUGGUGGAGGAGAGGACGGUGGCCCUGAAUGAAGAGAAGGAUAAGACUGACCGACUCCUCUACAGAAUGUUACCCAGGCUAGUGGCUGAUAAACUAAAGAGAGGUGAAUUUGUUGUCCCAGAAGAGUUCGAGGCUGUAACUGUCUUCUUUUCAGACAUCGUGGGGUUUACAACCAUUGCUUCUAAAAUCACACCACUAGAUGUCGUGGACUUCCUUAACGAGAUUUAUACGUUAUUUGACGACAUAAUCUCCACGUAUGAUGUUUAUAAGGUGGAAACAAUUGGUGAUGCUUAUAUGGUGGUCAGUGGUUUACCGGAGAGGAAUGGUAAUGCUCAUAGUGGCGAGAUAGCUAACAUGUCUUUAGCCAUACUAGGACAACUCAAGCAAUUCAAGUUAAAGGCUAUUCCGGAACAGAAAGUAAUGGUUAGGAUAGGUCUGCACACUGGACCGGUCUGUGCAGGUGUAGUGGGACAGACGAUGCCACGCUACUGUCUAUUUGGGGAUACCGUGAACACAGCCUCCAGAAUGGAAUCUAAUGGAGAAGGUGGCAAGAUACAUAUUACAGAAAAUACAAAGACUGCGUUGCAAAAUCUUGGAGGGUAUGAUAUGGUCGACAGAGGAAAUAUAAAAAUAAAGGGAAAAGGAGAAAUGUUCACAUAUUGGUUGUUAGAUAAAACAAAGAUUCUGCCUCCUAUCUUCUCCCCCAGUAACUCGGAGAGGAGGGAGGUGUGUAGUUUCACAAGACGCCAGAUGUCGCUGAGAUGCGGGGUAGAUAUAACAGAUGGAUAUCCCUCAGAGGAAUGGACAGGUGUCUACUACUAAUCUGGGGUGUACCAGGAUUUG